AUGAUCCAUAGAGCAGCAGCCCAGUUGCUAAGAAAAUACACAACUGCCAAUAUGACUGCUGGUGUAUCGACAUCUCCAAAGUACUUUGACAUUGGCUUCAAUAUCUCGGACCAUAUGUUUCGUGGAAUAUACCACGAGAAGCAGCAGCACGAGUCGGAUAUACCGAACAUUUUGAACCGUUGCGUGGUCACAAAUGUUAAGAAACUUCUCAUUACAGGCUCGUCCAUUAAGGAAUCGCAGCAUUCGAUCGAUGUUGUAUCGCAGUUUGCGUCUUCGACGCCAGUUUCGUUGUACUAUACCAUUGGGGUGCAUCCAUGCCAUGUGAACGAAUUUGUGCCUGAGCAUGGGCAAUCGUACUGGAAGCCUGACCAAACGGAAGAGGCGCCGUUUGAAAUAGUGGAUCAUGCGUUCACGCAAGGUAAAUUGCGUGAGUUGUACGAUUUGUACAAAAGACAGGAGGCUAGCGAUGCCGGGAGAUUUAAAGCCAUUGGUGAGAUUGGGCUAGAUUAUGAUAGACUUAAUUACUCGGGGAUUGCAAUUCAGAAGCUGUUUUUCAUUGAGCAGCUCAAACUGAGCUGUUUCUUCCCGAACAAACCGUUGUUCUUGCAUUUGAGAAGUUGUACUGAGGAUUUCAUGGAGAUUUUGGAAAUGUUCAUUAAAGGGUUCAAUGAUACAAAGGACACAUUUAACUACAAAGAAUUGAUAGAUGGAACGGUGGCCGGUGGGCCCAGGAUAAACGAGGAUGGCUCUAUUUUCUAUAAAUUCACCGAUACAAGGAAAUUUGUAGUUCACUCAUUUACGGGCUCUGUGUCGGACUUGAGAAAACUACGUGAUUCUUCCGAAAACUGCUAUUUCAGUGUCAACGGUUGCUCCAUGAGGACGGAAGAAAGCAUUGAGAUGAUUUCAGCAAUGCCUCUUGAUAAAUUGUUGCUCGAAACUGACGCCCCUUGGUGUGAUAUAAGAAGGACUCACGCAUCUUUCAAGUUUUUGAACAAAUCUUGUGACGCAACGAUAGCCGAUUCAUGGGACCAUGGACUCUCCGAUGCUUAUCCGCAGUUAGACUCGUGGUUCAAGUCGGUCAAAAAAGAAAAACUAAGAGGUAUUGAGCGUGAAAAGUGGGACGAAUAUAUGGUAAAAUCAAGGAAUGAGCCAUGUACCAUGGGACAUGUGGCUACCGCUGUAGCCAAUAUCAAGGGUGUCCCAUUGUCUGAAUUAGUAGAUCAAGUGUGGCAUAACUCUUGUCUAGUCUUCGAUGUAGAAUCUCAUUAA